AUGUCUGAUAACGAAAACCAACCAAAGGACGAAAAGCCAGAAACCCACAUCAACUUAAAGGUGUCGGAUGGAUCUGCAGAAAUCUUCUUCAAGAUUAAGAGAUCUACUCCUAUGAGAAGAUUGAUGGAAACUUUUUGUAAAAGACAAGGAAAGACCAUGGAUACUUUAAGAUUUUUGAUCGAUGGUUCUAGAGUUGCUCCAGACAGCACUGCUGACGAUUUAGACUUAGAAGAUGGUGAUGUUAUUGAAGCUCAUCGUGAGCAAAUCGGUGGUUGUUAA